UCCCGCCCUCCCCGACGCGCAGCCUCUCCCCCUCCGAGAUCGGUGGGCUCGCCUCUUCCUCGGUGGAAAGGUUUCUCUCGGUUGAUGAGGGGUUUUAUGAACCCUACAGAUCCUCUCUUCUUCCCGUAGAGGCUGCUGAAGCGUCAGGAAUUAAGGUCUGCUGGCCAUGGGCAAUCUGAUAAAGGUAUUGGGCAAAGAUUUAGAAAACUGCCCUCAUUUCUUCUUGGAUUUUGAAAAUGCGCAGCCCACAGAAGCCGAGACGGCUGUGUGGAACCAGGUGAACGCCGUCCUGGAAGAGGCCCAGACCAUCCUGGCGGAGCUGCAGUCCUACACGGGAGCCGGACAAGAGAUUAGAGAGGCAAUCCAAAACCCGAGUGACCUGGAGCUGCAAGAGAAAGCGUGGAAUGCCGUCUGUCCUCUAGUGGCAAAGCUGAAGCGGUUUUAUGAGUUCUCUCUUAGGCUUGAGAAUGCUUUGCGGAGUUUGCUGGAAGCCCUCACCAGCCCUCCGUACGCGCCGACUCAGCACCUGGAGCGAGAACAGGCCCUGGCCAAGCAGUUUGCAGAAAUCUUACACUUCACUCUCAGUUUCGAUGAGCUCAAGAUGACCAACCCUGCCAUCCAGAAUGACUUUAGCUACUACAGAAGAACUAUCAGUCGAAACCGAAUCAACAAUUUGCAGUUAGAUGCGGAGAGCGAAGUGAACAAUGAAAUGGCCAAUCGGAUGUCGCUGUUCUAUGCAGAAGCCACCCCAAUGCUGAAAACUCUGAGCAACGCCACGACUAAGUUCGUUUCAGAGAACAAAACUCUGCCCAUAGAGGACACGACUGACUGCCUAAGCACCAUGGCCUGUGUCUGCAGGGUGAUGCUGGAAACUCCGGAAUAUCGGAGCCGGUUCACCAACACGGAAACCCUCCUGUUCUGCAUGCGAGUGAUGGUGGGGGUCAUCAUUCUCUACGACCAUGUCCAUCCUGUGGGGGCUUUUGCCAAGACCUCCAAAAUUGACAUGAAAGGGUGCAUCAAGGUCUUGAAAGACCAGCCUUCCAACAGCACAGAGGGCCUCCUCAACGCAUUGAGGUACACCACUCGGCACCUCAACGAUGACACCACAUCAAAGCAGAUCCGGGCCUUGCUGCAAUGAACGCCUCCCAGGAGCUCCAGGGGAACCAUUCGCCAGCAGCCCGGAGGAGAAUUACUCCGUGAAAACCUUCAGCCGAAGUUUUAAUGUUGACAUGUUGCUAUAAAUAACCAUUGGCCACCAUAUUCUUCAUUUUGUAAAAAAUAAAUAAACCAAAAACAAAAACAAGAGGGGGGAGGGGGAGAUUUUAAAUAUAUAUAAAUAUAUAUAUAUAUAUAUAUAUACAUAUAUAAAAUUAUGACGGAGAAUCCUACCAACUCAAUUUGCCAGCUUGUUCCGCCUCCUGAGAUACUUGGAGUUGAACUCUGACCGAAGGGUGACUCUUUCCCUCGGUCCUCCGGGCUGUUCUGUGUCUAAUCCCAUUUGCAUUGUAGUUAUCUGUCCUCUUCUCAACCCCUACA